GGAGCGCAUCGGUCAUUUAAGUCACUUCACAUAUAUAAGAGAGAUUUUGUAAGUUACCACACACUCUCAAGUUUGUCGCAGAGGACUUCGCGGCCAGCGUGUCUAUUAUGUAUACUAUUUGGGUGUUAACGCUCGCCUUUGGCGUAGCUGUAGCAGACGUCAGUCUAGGAUACCAAUACAAAAAACCAGCAACAGUUUAUGGAUUACCUUCUAACUUUGGAAGCCACCAGCAUAAUUACAAUGCAGCUUACUCUGGAUCCAGUUCAGGCUCUGGGCACAACAAUAAUGUACCUUCAAAUGGCCACUACCAAGGAAUAAACUCGAUUGGCUCUUCUAGUUUUAACUCUGCUUCUAAUUACAAUACACAUGGCAUAGGUGCAGGAUCAGCUUCUAGUUCUAAAUACAACGCUAUCGGAAAUUCAGGUGCCGGAACAAACUCCGCCUCCAAUUAUAACGUAAUUGGAACUUUAGAAAAUGGUUCAAGCUCAGGAUCUAAUUACGACAUAAUUGGUACUACCAUCGGAAGUAGUUUGGGUUCUGAAUCUAGUUACAAUCUACACGGCAAUUCUAAUUCCGAACCAAACUCCAAAUAUUACGGAUCAACUGCUAACCACAAUAACCAAGAUUAUAGUCAUUCUAAUUUUGCCUCUUCUUCAAACACAGGGGCUAAUCAAAACGUUUACGGUACAUCGAGCGGAGUAUCUGGAUCGAAUUAUAAUAAUCAUGGUUCCGGAAGCGGAUCCAAUUAUAACAUCUUAGGUAACCAAGGAUUUAACCAAGGUUCAAAUUCAGCCCACAAUGCCGGUUAUCAAACAACCUACCACAGUGACGAUACCAGUGGCUUAGAUAAUAUUGGUAACUACUAUCAGAGUGCUAGUGCUGCAAACCAAUUCAUUUCUUCAAAUCAAUAUCAAUCCUCUGCAGUUCACAACUACCAAGAUCACUACACUCAAAUACAAAGACAACCAGCACAAAUAUUUAAGCAUUUUUACGUACAUGCUGCACCAGAAGACCCUGAGCCACCAAAGCCACGUCAACCUAUUGUACUGCCGCCACCACAGAAACACUACAAGGUUAUCUUUAUUAAAGCUCCUUCACAACAGCCUGCAGCACCACAGAUUAUUCCCGUUCCACAACAAAAUGAAGAAAAAACUAUUGUUUACGUAUUGGUUAAAAAACCUGAAGACGCCAAGAACAUCGUUUUGCCGAAGUUUGAACAGAAACCGCCCGCUAAACCUGAAGUAUUUUUCAUUAAAUAUAACAACAAACAAGAUUCUCAAAGUUUAAUCGAUAACAUUGUCAAUGAUUACAACAAAGGAGGAGUUUCAGCUUCGUUUUCUGGUGCCGGUGUAUCAGGUCCAGGAAUUAAAGCGCAGAACACUUACACGACCUCUUUAAAUGGUGGAAUCAAUCAAGAAUCUGAAAAAGUAUCUUCUGGUUCCCUAGAUUCAAUUUCGAAUAUUAAACCUUAUGUUCAAUCUGAAAACUCAUACGUAGCAGGCAGUUCUUCUUUAAGUAAUGGAAACAGUCAAGUCUCGGGAGGGUCCGCUUCAGGCAGCUAUGAAUCAAAUUUUGGAAGUAAACCAAGUAGUUCUUUUGGAUCUACAUCUAAAUUCGUAUCUACUCUGAGCAACAAGUUUGGUUCCGGAUCUUCUUCAUCAGCUUCUGGUUCAUCCCCUAGUAGUGUCUUCUCAAACAGCGGUCUAGAUAAAUACUCUUCUAAGCCUAUCUCUUCCCUUGGAUCAAGUACUACAAACAAAAAUUCGGGUAUAAGUUAUUCAACUUCAUCAGGGGAAACAAACAUCAAACCCUCAUCAGGAUUAGGAAUAGUUGGUUCCUCUAAUUCUGGAAAUAAUCUUUCGCAUGGUUCUGUUUUAGGCUCUGGUAGUCAUGACUCAAGUACAAACAGCUUUUCUUCUGGUGCAAACCACUUCGACGCAUUCUCUAAUAGGUUUGGAUCAGGUAGCAGCCAAGCAGCAGGUUCAACUGCCCCCUCAAGCGUUGCAAGUACCUCAUCUCCUGUGUCAAAUUUGGGUGUAAAUACAGCAUUAAAUUCAGGUGCCAGUAGCUUUGGCUACAGUUCCUCCAACAUUGCAAACAGUCAAUCUCAUAGCUCCAAUCUUGGUUCUGGAAGUAACCAUGUUAACUCCGGUGCUAGUAGUUUUGGAACAGCUAAUAGUUAUGCUGCUAGCUCAACGGUUUCGCCUAGCGCAGUAAGCACUUUGUAUCCUUCUUCAAACUUUGGUGUUAAUUCAGGUAGUCUAGGUUCCAAUGUUGGGUCAGCUUCCAGUGGUUUUGGUUCCAGUUUCAGCACAAGCUCUAGUAGCUACGGAUCAGGUAACAAUUAUGCAAGCAGCACAACUGUUGCACCUGGUAUUGCAAACACAUAUUCUCCUGUUUCAAUCUUAGAUACAAACACAGGUUUGAAUUCCGCAUCCAAUGGUUUUGGCUACGGUUCUUCUAAGAUUGAAAAUAGUCCGUCCCAAGGUUCCAACGUAGGCUAUAAUAAAUUUGGCUCAGGCUCUAACAAUCUCAGCUUUGGUUCUAGUAGCCAAGGAUUAGGAAGUAGUUAUGCUGCUGGUUCAACAGUUUCUCCUAGUACAGUAAGCACUUUAUCCCCUACUUCUAGUUUUGGAACAAAUUUAGCUAGUUUGGGUUCCACCGUUGGGUCAGGCUCUAGCAGCGCCGCUUCUAGUUCAAGUCAACUUGGCUCCAGCUCCAGCAGCUUUGCUUCAAGUAGUACUUUCUCACCUGUUUCUAACGUUAAUACAAACUCUGGUAUUUUUGGGUCAAGUGCGGUAGGUUCAGGUCCGUCCAAUUUUGGAUCUCGCCCUAAUAAGUUUAACUAUAACAAAGAUGUCUCAUCUUCUGGUAUAAACUACGAAACUAGCAUUUUAUCGACAAGUCAAGGCGUCCCACACGAAACAUACGGACCACCAAAAUUCAAAGUAUUUUAGAUAAGCAUCUAUUUUAAAUAAAUCCAUAAUAUUUUAUCACGAAAUAAUUGUAUUGAAAUAAAUAUAUUUCAUUAAAAUAAA